ACCAUUACUCAGAGUCAGAGAUCGAACGGCCUUACAGAUUUCCUUUCUAUAAGGCCAGAAAGCGAUCUCUCUCUCAUGCCUCGGUGGCUUCGGUGGGACAUAAUUCUGUCUUUUAUUGCAGUUGGAGCUGAGGCCAUAGCAGCAGCAUAUGAGCAGACUUCUCCAUAUAAGAUGAAAGCUGCAAAAUAUGCAGUGAUUAUGGCUAUUGUUUCUGUCCUUCUAAGCUUUACGGAUCUUGCUUACAAGAAGUGUAUGCUCCUACGAGACAAAAAUAGAAGGCCAGAUGAUAAGUAUCAGUACCAUUACAAGUUACAGUGGGAGUUUGCAGAUUCUUUUGGCUUGAUGUGUUCUUUAUUAACUCUCAUCUCUUCCUGCCUCCAUUAUAACUUCUUGAGUAAUGGCAAGAAACAGCCAAUACAGUUUUCGAUGAAACCUCUUGCUUUCUCUGUGUGUGUGUUCUGCUCAAGAGUUUUUCGACGAACCAGCCAUAAACCUACUUUUAUCUUGAAGUGCAAGUUCUUGGGUCCCAUGAAUCUAGAUAUAGAAUCUGAUGGAACGCUGUUAAAUAAUAGCGGACUUAUGCAAUUUGGCUGCCCUAUGUGCCAGAGAGAACAGAUGCAUCCACAAGGCGUUUACUCUAAUUUUCCUCGGAAUUUCUCAGUGUAGCCAACAUCUUUCCUUUUGUUGUUGUAUUUGGUCAGUGUUUUUUUCUUUGAGUUUGUAUUUGAACAGUUAAAUAAUGGCCAAGCGCAAUAGAGUGGUUGUUUGGUUUUAGAAAGUGGUGUCUUGUAGUCACAAUUUCCCUGUUUCGGUACUCCUCCCCGAUUCCCACUUGUAUUGGUGAGAAGUAAUUUUUAUUGGUGGUACCUUGCUUUU